AUGGUUUCAUGUAAACGCCGUUCGAAAGGUGCUAUUGGUUCGAGUGUAAGUUGCAUGUCCCUUCGAUUCAUCUGUUCAUUGCUGCGAAUGCGUAAUCUGUAUGUUGUGCAUGAUUUAAGAUUUGUAAUGAAUGGUGAAGGCGACGAAAUGGAUUCACGAGAAGCGGACAGUCUUCAUAAAGAUCCGAGUGAGUGCCUGAAAAUGAAACCAAAAAAGUCCAUCUUGAAGCAACCGUCUAUGGAUGAGGCAAAGCGAGCAUUGAUUGACGAUGGAAGGGCGCAUUUCGAUGAGAUGAAUAUCCUUGCCACACAUCAUCCUGCGGAUAAAGAUUAUGGGCAUAUGAAGAUUGAUGAACCGAAAACACCGUAUCACCAAUACAGUGACAGUGAAGAGGAAUCUGAAGGUCAUGGUUCACGUCAUCGACGCGUCUCUCUUGUAGAUGCGGUGGAUCCUGUGAAAUUGGCCGAAGGGCUUCAAGCCGGUUCCUCACAUCCACCAGCUUAUAUAGAACACGCGCCUUCGGAUGAUUACGACGAAGAAUCUGAAUUGACACCAGAACAAAUUGCUCAUAAACGGGAGUUCGAAAAGAAGCGUAAGGCUCACUACAACGAAGGCGCUGCACUGCGCCACGCCAGGGAAUUGAUGGCUAAGGAUGAAGAAAAUAUGGAAUAG